GGAUGUUGUAAAUGGAAGGAAAAUAUUCAGUGCUGCUCUUGUUAUUAGGCCUAAUCAGCUAUGUUCGAGGAUUACGUGUCAACAUAACCAUGUUCGACAAUUGUCAAGACAUGGCUCUUUCCUACGAUAAACUGCAUGCAGCAGUAACCAAGGUUACGUACGACAGGGAUGAUGAAGGUCUCUGCAAUACUAUGCAUAUCGAGUAUCGCAUCGCAAAUGACAACUAUGGCAUCGAGGAUGAAUUGCUUCUUACCACAUAUAAGUGUCCGCUUGGCACUGACACCGUCUGUCUCGAUAAUCCCCAAGAAUACAGGGAGAUCCUACAUUGUGACAGAUUCCAUACGGACAACACAGGACCUUGGUAUAUGUUCGCCAUUGCUAUGACCAAUGGAGAUCGCUGUGGACAGGAGAAGGGUACCUUCAAUAUUGAUCAAUCAGUGCUUAAGUUGGAUUAUCUUCAUAAAUAUAUCGAAAUGGGAAAAGGAAGCUAUCGACUGCGCAUGUUAUUCCACGAGCAUAACACCGAAAUAGUCGAGAAGAACAUAAAAACUUGCAUUGAAAUGGAUUUUCUUGUGAUUGAUUAAAACUUUGAAGCCAAUAUAGCUUUGUUAAUAUAUAUUUGAGGUAAUAUUAUGUUAGGAUUUAUUUUAAAUGGAACAAUAUUGCAGUAAAAUUAUAUUAUCACAGAAUAUAAGUAUUUUAUGAACACAUAAUUACAUAGCA